CCAUCCUGGGUAUUGUAAUAAUUUUUAAUUUCCGUGUUGGGUGUUGCUUACACGAAUCUCUGCUAGUGAUUUGUGGGGGGGGGGAAAGAAAAGAAAAGAAACGGCAUAAUUGUAAAGGAGUCCCGCGGGUGUUUUUCGGCGCCUGUAUCAUUAUUGCGGCGGAGAGUAGGUGAGCAGAGAGGGGAGGUUUCAUAACGGACUGUACCAUAUGGCACAGCCCCCUCCGCCGGCUCACACCUCCGCCCGCCUGCCUCUCCCUGCCUUCAGCGCCCGGCUUGGUUAAACCCAAACAGAGCAUCAUGGCGAUUGAUGGUGGUGAACGCAAUUGUGGAGUACAUGAGCUCAUCUGCGUCAGAAAAGUGUCCCCAGAGGCCCUGGGCUUCCUCACCGCCAUAGCCGUCUUCAUCUUAUUGAUGGCUCUCCUCUUUUUAUACCUCAACAACAAGCUGUCUUUAGAGACCCGGGGGAGCCUGUCCUGCCUGGACGACUACAGGAAAAACAAGGAUUUGCAAGAUAAGAGCUAUCCCGAUGUGGAUCCUCGGGGCUCAUCCUCAGAGAGCGAGGAUGAGAUCUUGGGGAAGUACCAGGAGGCCGUAUCGCGCUCACAGGGCAUGAGGGCAGCUGACACCCGCAACCCGAAGGGCUAUGGCUGGGAGACCAGGCAGAAAUACAGCCCCCUUUCGGCAGAGUACGAUGGGUACAGCAGUGAAGCCUCCACCGAAGAGGUGAACUACAUCCAGAGAAUGAGGCGCACACCCCCUCUGGACGAGCUGCAACCCCCACCCUACCAGGACGAGGAUGGCUCACCACGCAUGUCCUGCACGCCUUCCGAUGCCGGCGACGCCAAAUGCGGCCUGUCCCACUGCAGCGACAGCCCGCGCCACUCGUACGGCAAGUGCCCGAGCGAAACCAGCGCCGGCCACGAGACCGAGAGCUACCUCAACAAGGGCUACGAGGAGGACGUGCCCAGCGACAGCACUGCCGUGCUCAGCCCCGAGGAAAUGUCAGCCCGGGGCUCAGCGGCACAGCUGCCCAAGGGGUACGAGCCUGAGCCCUUGGCCAAAUACGGCACUCUGGACGUGGUGUUCGACUACGACUCGGAGGAGCGCCGGCUCAUGGUGACAGUGACUGCUGUGACGGAUCUCCCGGCCCUGAAACGCACGGGCAACAUCUCCUGGCAGGUCCACCUGCUGCUGCUUCCCACCAAGAAGCAGCGUGCUAAGACAGGAGUGCAGAAGGGGCCCUGCCCGGUCUUCACCGAGACCUUCAAGUUCAACCACAUCGAGUCGGAGAUGAUCGGCAACUACUCCAUUCGGUUCCGCCUCUACAGCGUGAGGCGGAUGAAGAAAGAGAAGCUGCUGGGGGAGAAGGUGUUCUACCUCACCAAGCUCAACCUGCAGGGCAAGAUGCACAUUCCCGUCAUUCUGGACCCCGGCUGCACCCUUCCACAGGGCUGCGAGUCCCAGGUCAGCAUUUCGGAGAUGUCCUGCAGCGAGAGCACGUCGUCCUUCCAGUCUUCAGGCCAGGGUUCCAGCCCGGAGAUCCUGGUGGGCCUGGUUUACAAUGCCACCACGGGCCGGCUCUCAGUGGAGGUCAUCAAGGGCAGCCACUUCAAGAACCUGGCAGCCAAUAAGCCACCCAACGGCCUAUUCUGUUGUCUGAAACACCUGAUAGGUGGGCAGGUUUAUAUAAUCAGAGACACGUACGUUAAGCUGACACUGUUGAACUCCAUGGGCCAGGAGAUGUCCAAGUGCAAGACAUCGAUCUGCCGGGGGCAGCCCAACCCCACCUACAAGGAGACGUUCGUCUUCCAGGUGGCACUCUUUCAGCUGUCGGACGUGACGCUCAUCCUCUCGGUGUACAACAAGCGCAGCAUGAAGCGCAAGGAGAUGAUCGGCUGGAUCUCGCUGGGCCUCAACAGCUCAGGAGAAGAGGAGCUGACCCACUGGACCCAGAUAAAGGAGUCAAAGGGACAGCAGGUGUGUCGCUGGCACAGCCUGCUGGAGUCCUAGGGGGGGGGGCGACUGAAGGACUAGAGGAGAUGUCCGUGGGGAAGAAGGAGGGAGAGAAGGAGGGAGAGAAGGAGGGAGAGAAGGAAGGGGAAGCAUGCAGUGAGAAGAUGGUGGUCAAAAUACCCCAUGAUUUUAACCUGGGGGUAUAAUGAGAAGGUUGAUAAAGUUUUAACCGAACCUAAACCAUCAGGCCAGGUUAGGUUGGACCAAGGAUGUUGCCAGUUUGAGGGUGAUGCUAGCAAGGAAAGGGGUGGAGAGGGGGGGGCUUUCAGCCUGUGAAGCGAAAUCCUUUUGCUCCUUAAUCUUUGAAACAUCAGUAAAUUCCUUGGCAAGGUGCAGGAUUAGAAUUAUGGACUAUCAGACUGAGGCUGGUAUGCGGGGGUCAUUCUCGGCAGCCAUGGACAGUAUUUUCCACACUUCAGGUCUGCUGGACAGAGUCAAUAUAAAUGAAAGAGGCACAGAGGCAUGCCCCACCCAGCCUUGGUUCCGUCACUCGCAUCAACCGACCCUCGUUACACCGAGGACGGCAGGUAGAGGCCGUGGACGUCUUCAGAAGUUGAAGCCGGCGCAGGAACGACGGCUGUAGACAAGCCAGCUUUCCGUGCACCAACCGCGGUGCCGUCAAGCCGACGUUUCCGUGUCACAUGACUCCACGCGGCUCCGUUCGCUCUCCCUGUUUUAAUCGUCUGUUUUGUACUCGCAGUUCGAGCUGAGCUCUCUCGGGAAGUGAGGACUAUGCAAGGACAAAAAAAAAGCAGGAAUGGGAGGUCGCAAAAAUUCCGGAUGUCACUAGAAUUGUCUGCGCUAGAUUAUAAUCCUAGAGGAACAGCCAAACAUGAUCAAACAUCAUGAUGACACCACGGGUCACGUAGAUGCUACAGAAAUAACUAAACACCUGUUAUCAGAAUGAAUAUAUUUUUCCUGGCCCUUCAGAAGUUCAGCCAUUCAGAUGACAAGCUGCAUUCUUAUCCUGAAACACAAAUUUCACAAAGAGCCUUCAUAGUAACUGGUGCUAAAUUUCCCCAAUCUGCUACUCAAAACAGAAACAGUAUUUUCCACUUCAGCUGUAAGCACAAAUAUGGCGUUUUUGUUAUGUUUUAGCAGGCAGUGCGGGACAGCAAACGAAUGAAGGCAUUUAUGGACACCAGCAUGCGAUAAUUAUAGGCCUGUACAGUAUGUAGUACAAGCUCAUCACGUCGAAGGUCCUCCUGUCUAAUCACAUUUUCGCUCCCUGAUUUUCGUUCUCCAGUCACUGCUACACCAGGCUGUGGUAUCAAACCUUUAACAGCAUGCUAAUUAGUGAAUUUCUUCUAAGCAUAAUCAGUCAGUAGGUACUCUUUACCGGCUGUGAACGGCGUUUCGUUUUGCUAGACCUUUCAUGUUAAAAGGACACACGCCUCUACUUCCGCAGGAGAUGCUGUAGGCAUCACUGCGAACAUCUUCAUCCUUUGAAGUCUGCAUCAGUUUGCUGGUGACCUUGAGUUUUUUUUUUUAACUUCAUCUAUGAGGAGGGACAGAAAAUGAUUUUAAAAAUGACCAAAAAUUUGAAAGAUCUGCUUGUUUAUAAUAAAAUGAUGCACAUUCCACUGGAUCUGAAUCAGAGGAGCCAAAAACAUAGCAUGUAAAUGAAACCUUUAGAUAUCAUAUGUAAACAAAAGCAGCAUUUCCAUAGUGGAUUACAGUCUGCAGAGGAGCCUCUAUCCAUUCUGAACAUCUUUCUUGCCGUUUUCUGGCUGCUUUUUCAAUAUGUUAAGGGUAAUCAUGAUUUUUACAUACACACCCAGAUCAUGGGCCAGUGGCUCUGUUUGACAUGACUGUACAGUCACAUUGAACAGUACUUGUUUCCAGGGCUCUCAUGCCAACAGGGGGCGCUGGUGCUGUGCCUUUACCCCAGCCUCAGGCAGUCUUAGAUCUGGGGUAGCAGUUCACCGUCAGCAAGACAGAAUGGGCACCAUGAAUGUGUUAAGAAAGGUGUGUUCACAAUGAAACAGCCUCGUACAAGCUGAGACUGCAGCAGGCUGUUACUGAUUAAUGCAAGGAAUCUUAUUAUUAUCGCUGCUCAUCUGUGUAGUGCGGCUGCUGCUUAAGGCGUGAUGCCUUUGUUCAGGACCAGGUGCAUACGAUGAGUGAGGUUCGAAAUGUUGGCCGCUUCGUACGCAGUCCUUCAAAACAGCUGACGAGUGCAGUUCCCGAGUUAGCAGAAGUACAUCAGUGCAUUGAAGCUCAAAACAGAAAGGAAAAUAAACAGGAAACAGAGAGAGUUUGACAGGAGACGGAGAGCCUCCACCGUGCGUGGUGAGCAGGCUGCUUAAACAUUCCAGCUGGGCCUGAAACCACACCCACCAGUCCAGAACACCAGUCCACCCACCUACCUGCGUUAGGAUACCUAGAAUUCCCACUCUUCUCAACCAGCCAACACACGUCGAGUGAAGCACAGUAGCCUCCAUGCUGCGUCGAGCACAGGCAGUGGCGGAUCAGCUCAGCGCCGCCGCCCUGGGGGUUGAAGGGCGACAAGGCCGGGGCAGCUUGGCUAUUGGCCAUGACCUUUAACGGUCAUCCUUCACCAGAUGCUCGACAGCUGAGAGACCCCCCCAAAAAAAAAGCUGAGGCAGCCUGGUCAGCAGGCACUGACCUACAGGCUUCUCCGCGGUGCAUUUUUGGGCAACGGUUUGACAGAACCCGGGAGCCGGCCCACCCCCCAUGGUACUGUUCGGCUCUGACAGGCCAGGCCCAGCGGGGGCUGACCCCACUCCCUGGCACUGUGCCGCAGCCUCUCGGAACCCACUGGCAGCGAGAAUGCCCUUUCCUCCUGAUUAUAGUUUACAAGAAAAACAGCGAACAUCACCUCAUUCGGGUGGAGAGGGCAAGGGGGGGGUGGUCAUGGAGCUGCUUCAUUUGCAUGAUGUUAAAAAGGCGGCAGUGGCUGGCGAUCCG